AUGUCUCACAUUAACUUUGAUAUUGCUCAAAAGUCACCACGAAAGAAUGGAAAGAAUGGCAAAGGUUUUGAAGAUAGAAUUAGAAUCAUUUUUAUGAACUUGUAUAUAGAAUUAUGUAGAUUUGA